AUGUUGACAUGCGCCUCAGAACAUGAUUGCGUCGCCAUCAGCUUAAAAGUCAUCGAAGCGGUAGCCAUGCGGCUGGAUGCGCUCGCGCACUUGGAUACAGAUGUCGAUGAAGCGAGACUGCGCCAGUGCAACGUGCAUUACUAUGCGCUUCGGGUCCACUUGGCUUGGAUUCAAGGCAGACCGGACAUUGCAGAUCAUUUGUUUCUCAAUAUUCCUGACUUGAACACUGGCGACUGCUGUGUUCUGGAUGUUUGCUUCAAGGUUGGGAGCUCGGCAUUGUCACGCAGGCAGUAUGAUGUGGCGGCGAAGUGGUUGGAAAGGGGGUUGCAGCAAUGCAAGCUGCUCGUUUCCAGUUCUAAAGAAUCUGAUGUAGCUUUGCAGAAUAAGGAGCUUCUGACUCUGCAUGCUUUGGUUCGAGCGAGUAUAUACCUUGAUACGCAUGACUCUCAAGACAGUCUUGCGAGAGCCCUCGAGCAGCUCAAAUCUCAGUAUAGCAAUGUGUUUUCAGUUCGGCUUCUCGAGCUUGAACUUCUUGCUCGAGGGGAAAGGGAUGUGGAACAGUACUUUCAAGGUGAGUUUUCCCACUAUCAUUAA